ACAGGGCUGAGCAUGCUGUUGAAAGCCACAGAAACCAGAGGAAACUAGUCAUGAAAACCCUGACUAUCAGCUGAUAGAUUUCUUCCUGAUAACUGUUAGUGCUUUUUUCCAGACUAGAGCCAAUCUUCAGGAGCGGACCAGGAUCCAGAGCUGUUUCAGCCCAAAUUGGCUGCGAUCUCUUUCCCCAUGUUUGAGGGCGCCGAGUUCUACUUUAACGUGGACCAUGGCUACCUGGAAGGCCUGGUGCGAGGGUGCAAGGCCAGCCUCCUGACCCAGCAGGACUACAUCAACCUGGUCCAGUGCGAGACCCUGGAAGAUGUGAAAAUUCAUCUCCAGACCACUGAUUAUGGCAACUUCUUGGCUAAUCAAACAAAUCCUCUUACUGUUUCCAAAAUUGACACGGAGAUGAGGAAAAAGCUAUGCAGAGAAUUUGAAUAUUUCCGGAAUCAUUCUCUGGAACCCCUGAGCACAUUUUUUACAUACAUGACAUGCGGUUACAUGAUAGACAAUGUGAUUCUACUGAUGAACGGUGCAUUGCAAAAAAAAUCUGUGAAAGAAAUUCUGGUCAAGUGCCACCCAUUGGGCCGUUUCACGGAAAUGGAAGCAGUCAACAUUGCAGAGACACCUUCUGAUCUCUUUAAUGCUGUUCUGGUGGAAACACCGUUAGCUCCAUUCUUUCAAGACUGUAUGUCUGAAAAUACCCUUGAUGAACUAAAUAUUGAAUUACUGCGCAAUAAACUAUACAAAUCUUACCUCGAGGCAUUCUAUAAAUUCUGUAAGAAUCAUGGUGAUGUCACAGCAGAAAUCAUGUGUCCCAUUCUUGAGUUUGAGGCUGACAGACGUGCUUUUAUCAUCACUCUUAACUCCUUUGGCACGGAACUAAGCAAAGAUGACCGGGAGACCCUCUACCCGACUUGUGGCAAACUCUACCCAGAAGGGUUGCGCCUGUUGGCUCAAGCGGAAGACUUCGAGCAGAUGAAGAGGGUAGCGGACCAUUAUGGAGUGUACAAGCCUUUGUUUGAGGCUGUGGGUGAUGGCAGUGGAGGAAAGACAUUGGAGGAUGUGUUUUAUGAGCGUGAGGUACAAAUGAACGUGCUGGCAUUCAACAGGCAAUUCCACUAUGGCGUGUUUUACGCAUACACAAAGCUGAAGGAACAAGAAAUGAGAAAUAUUGUGUGGAUAGCAGAAUGCAUUUCACAAAGACAUCGAACUAAAAUUAACAGUUACAUUCCAAUUUUAUAACCCAGUAUGGGGCCUCCGAUGCAGAACAUCUUUAAAUAUGAAGAAGAGGUUCCAAGGAAAAUAAAAAGAAUUGUGUUAUAUUAUCUGGGUUACACAAAAAUAAUUUACCCUGCACCUUCACGAGUUGCAGACCCACUAGAACAUAGUAAACCAACAGUAACAAAGUGAUUUUUUUUCUAGCAGCCUUAAAUUUUGUUUCCACAUUUAUGUCUCUCUUUUCCCAGACCUUAGAUAUUAAUUCUAAUUAACCCUAUGGUACUUUUCCUAUUCUUGUUUGGUUGUAUUAACAAUCAGAUCUAAUUAAAGUGUUUUACUCUCACUUUCCCUUG